AUGUUCGUAGCAACCACGCCCUUGAAACUGCCGUUGGUUGGUUCCCACGCUACGGUUGCAAGCAGGGGCCGGCGGUGUGCUUUCCUUGGCGACGCAGUGGUCAGCGUUGCUGCUGCGUCGCUCCGAGGCGAACGCUGUCGCGGACUACCCAUCGCCGGACGUUUGCACGUGCGCAUGGGCUUGAAUGCAUCGAAACUUAAAAAACAGCAGCAACAACAGCAGGGCAAGAAGAAGAACAAAGUCUCAACGAAACAAGAGGAGGCCUCCGAUGCCCCAAGUCAGAUUGACACGAACCGACGCGAUUACAUGUUCCAAAUGCUUAGGGUCAGCAAAAUCCUUCCUAAUGGAAAACAAAUUCUCAAAGACAUUUCCCUCGCCUUCUUUCCGGGGGCUAAAAUUGGUGUUGUAGGGCCCAACGGCGCCGGGAAGUCGACGUUGCUUCGUAUCAUGGCCGGUGUGGAUAAAGAGUUCGAAGGCGAGGCCCGUCCCAUGCGUACCGCUUCCAUCGGGUACCUGGCGCAGGAGCCUCAGCUCGAUGAUGGCGAGACAGUUAUGGAUAAUAUCAUGGCGGGCGUGAAAGAAAUACGAGAUAAUUUGCACCGGUUGGAGACGCUGUCUCAGCGGCUAGCGGAUCCCGCUUGCUCAGCAGCCGAGAAGCAGGAAAUUGCCCAAGAGAUCGACCAGGUUCAAGCCCAAAUUGAAGCCGCUGAUGGAUACAACCUCGAGUCGAUUUUGGAAAGGGCAAUGGAGGCGCUUCGGGUUCCUGCUCCCGAGACGCCGGUUAAAAUUCUUUCGGGCGGUGAGCGCCGACGGGUUGCACUCGUUCGUCUCUUGAUUCGUCGCCCUGAUCUACUGCUCCUGGACGAACCAACAAAUCACUUGGAUGCAGAGUCCGUGUUGUGGCUCGAACAGUAUUUGUCCAAGUAUUACACGGGAACCGUUGUUGCAGUAACACAUUCGCGCUCCUUCCUCGAAAACACCUGUGAAUGGAUCCUAGAGCUGGAAAACGGCCGCGGCAUACCGCACCAAGGCAACUACUCCUCCUGGCUUGCCGCGAAACAGCUUCGUCUGGAGCAGGACAAAAAGGAGGCGGAUGCGCGGCGACGACUCAUUGACGCCGAGUUGGAGUGGAUCCGAGCAACGCCCGCGGCUCGAAUGACGAAGAACAAAGCGCGUAUCGAUCGCUUCGAGGAACUUUACCAAACGCAGCAAGAGACGGCGGAGAGUCGUUCGCAAUCCCUUUCAAUGAAUCAGAUUCGCAUCCCCGUCGGGCCGUACCUAGGCGAGCAGGUCAUCGAAGCCGAAGGUCUCUUCAAAUGGUAUGGAGAUCGAUGCCUUAUCAGUGAUGCGACGUUCUCGAUCCCGCGCGGCUCAGUGGUCGGUAUCAUUGGUGGCAACGGUGCAGGCAAAUCGACGCUCUUCCGCCUGAUCACCGGACGGGAGCAGCCAAGCGCUGGCACCUUGCGCCUAGGCGAGACCGUCAAACUCAUGUACGCUGAUCAAGACCGAGAGACACUGGAUCCCAACAAGACCGUAUUUGAAGAGAUCUGUGGCGACGCCCAUGUCGAUACAGUGACCCUGGGCAAUCGCACAUUGAAUGCUCGGGCGUACUGCGCGUGGUUCAACUUCAGGGGCGCCGACCAACAGAAGAAAGUCGGCGUGCUGAGCGGUGGCGAGCGCAACCGCCUGAACUUGGCCAAAGCGAUUUUGAACCGAGAACACGGCGGUGCAGGUAACGUGCUUCUGCUGGACGAGCCUGGCAACGACCUCGAUACAGCCACGCUAGCGAAUUUAGAGCAAGCAAUUCUGGACUUUCCCGGUGUUGUUCUGGCGAUCAGCCACGAUCCGUGGUUUCUCAGCCGCGUCACCACCCACAUUCUCGCGUUUGAAGGUGACUCGCAGGUGCGCUUCUUCGUGGGCGGUUUCGAUGCCUAUCAGGAGUACCGGCGGGCGCGCUUUGGUGAUGAGUUUAUCAAUCCUACUCGUUUGAAAUUCCGACCGCUACCCAAAAUGUGA